AUGGCGUCGACUCUGCGUGGGCCCUUGGGCUCCAACCCGGGGGUGCUCAGCCCUGAGCAGCUGGAGCAGUUGCGCCUCUACAAGAUUCAGACUCGGAUUGCCAACGAAAAAUACCUCAGGACCCAUAAAGAGGUGGAGCUGCUCUUAAGGGGUUUCUUCAGAGAAAUGUUUUUGAGAAGACCAGAAAAUAUCCGAGAAUUUGCUGCAGACUAUUUCACGGAUCCAAGACUUCCCAACAAGAUUCACAUGCAGCUAAUUAAGGAAAAGAAAGCAACUUAA